GGAUAUUAGAGAUCCAGGAGCGGUAAAGGUAAAGCUGUCUCGCAAUACUCUGCGCGUUGAGCUCUCCGUGACCGUGCAGACUCAGGACUUUACACACACACACAACAGACACCGACAAUUACCUCAUUUGUCAGAGGUAAAUGUGAUAUCCGACAGAGGGAAAUUUCAGUACGUGUAUCAUGGCUGUGGCCGGCUGUCCAGAUUAUUUUCUACACCAUCCAAAUUAUCAGCAGGAUAAUGUAGACCGGGCUGCCAAUCACAGACAAGCAGAUAUGAUUGAGCCAAGUUUUCAGCAGUCAACCAAUCGGAACUCACCCAGCCAUCAAGAGGAUGAUGUGGAUCUGGAGACGCUGGUGAAUGACAUGAACUCUUCUUUCGAGAGUCUGUGCUCUUCCAGCAGUGUGACAAUGGUAUCCACUCCCCUGCAACACAACGGUCAGCUACAACGGCCCAACUAUCUCACACAAGCUCAGCCCACCUCCCCAAACCAGAGACUGAAGCGGUCCCAGCCCAUGCACAUCCUCGCAGUCAGAAGACUUCAGGAAGAGGAGCAACAGUACCGAACGUCCUCUCUACCUGCCAUCCCCAACCCCUUUCCCGAGCUCUGCAGCCCUGCCAGUUCUCCUACGCUCAGCUCCGGCUCCUUACCUCAAUGUCAGCCCACAGGCAAAUAUAUCAUAAAAAUCUUCAGCGAGGAUGGGAUGGGAAAGAUGGUAGAGAUCCCUGCCGACAAGACGGCGCGAGACCUGUGCCAGUUUCUCGUCUAUAAAAACCAUUGUGUGGACGAUAACAGUUGGGCGCUUGUGGAGCAUUAUCCAGCCUUGGGACUCGAAAGAUGUUUAGAAGACCAUGAGCUGGUUGUCCAAGUGCAGGCAUCCAUGACCAGCGAGAGCAAAUUUCUCUUCAGGAAGAACUAUGCCAAAUAUGAAUUCUUUAAAAAUCCUUUGAACUUCUUUCCAGAGCAAAUGGUGGCCUGGUGUCAUGAGACCAAUGGGGCCAUCCCCCCAUCUCAGCUACUGCAGAACCUCUUAAACUCCAGCAGUUGUCCUGAGAUCCAGGGAUAUUUGUAUGUGAAGGAGACUGGCAGGAAAUCAUGGAAGAAACUGUAUGUGUUUUUAAGGCGGUCAGGAUUGUAUUUCUCAACAAAAGGAACGUCGAAGGAGCCCAGGCAUUUACAGCUACUUGCAGACAUUGAGGACAGCAAUGUCUUUACAGUUAUAACAGGCAAAAAGCUGCACAAUGCACCAACUGACUAUGAGUUCUGCAUAAAACCUAACAAAGUGAGGAAUGAAGUGAAAGAUCUGAGGAUGUUGUGUGCGGAGGACGAGCAGAGCCGAAUGUGUUGGAUGACAGCCUUCAGACUCUUUAAGUAUGGAAUUCUACUCUAUCAAAAUUUCAAGAUCCCCCAGCAGCAUAAAACGUUGCUCUCACACUUCUCAGCGCCUGUGAGGAGUGUCUCAGAGAAUUCUCUGGUUGCCAUGGAUUUCUCAGGAAGGAUAGGCAGAGUGAUCGACAAUCCCGUUGAGGCUCAGAGUGCUGCUAUGGAGGAAGGGCACGCAUGGAGAAAGAGAAGUCAACGAAUGAAUAUCCUGGGCAGCCCCAGUCCGCUUCAUCCCUUAUCAUUAAGUGGAGUUAUCCACAGAACUCAGCUUUGGUUUCAUGGUCGUAUUUCACGGGAGGAAUCCCAUAAGAUGAUCCAUCAGCAGGGCAGAGCGGACGGAAUGUUUAUCUUGAGGGACAGCCAGAGCAAUCCCAAGGCAUUUGUACUUACACUGUGUCACCACCAGAAAAUCAAACAUUUCCAGAUUUUACCGUGUGAGGAAGACGGUCAAAUGUUCUUGAGCCUUGACGAUGGUGCCACCAAAUUCACAGAUCUGAUCCAAUUAGUGGAGUUCUAUAUGCUGAACAGAGGCGUUCUGCCGUGCAAACUGAAACACCCCUGCACCACUGUGGCCUUAUGACCCCCUAUGCCUAAUUCCACCUAAAAACAAACACUCAGACGCUGUGUGUGUGCUGUGUUGUAAUGCUGCGCUGGAGAAAAGCACACCGCGAAGAAAGAGAGGGAAUCAAAACAUGAACGCAAACAGCAAGAAUCUACUUGAGGACAUAAAGCUUGUGUGUUAGCUGCUGAAGAACCUCUCAGGCACCUGCACACUUGACCAUGGCCGGAGCCGGUUCUCAGGACAAUCAUCCGAAGGGAGUCUGCAUGAUCCACGAUCUUAAUCAUAUAGAUACGUUGGUGGUUUUGGGAAGACCAGCAGAACACUCAUCAUAUCAAAUCAUAUGUUUUUUUUAUUUGAUUUUACACUCUUGAACCAGGAUCUACCAGGCUAUGGUAAUUGUUGCUUUUAUAAAUCAAGCAGGUUUGAUCGCCUUUUUGUUCAAGAAAGGCCUGUGAGAUGCGGACUGUCGAUUGGUGGAUUCAGUACUGUGAAAAGGCAAUGCCUUUAGAUUCAUGCUUUAUAUCCCUGCUCAUUCGAGAUCAGUUUAAAUAGGAUUGGACAGGUUUCUUGUACGUUUUUGUAAAAUGUGGGGCUAUUUGCUCAUCUUUUAGAGCAUAAAACUCUCAUGCAUAAAUGCCUUUUGCCUUCACUGACUGUUAAGUACUUGGUUAGUUCUUCAUCCAUCACAAAAAUAAGCUGCACCGCCCUCUUCUGUCCCUUAAAGGUAUAGUUCACCCAAAAAUUUAAAUUAAUUUACUGACCCUCAUGUCAUUCCAAACCUGUACGUCUUUCUUUCUAUUGUGAAACACAAAAGGAUACAUUUUAACCUGGCACUUUCUUUUUAUACACUGACAGUUCAUUGUGACAACGGCUGUCAAGCAAAAUAAAAGUCUUCUAAAGCCAUACAUUAGUGAGAUUAUCAGUUAAUCAAAUCAAUCAAUAUAAAAAAAAUCAAGGUAUUUAUUUAUAAAGCAUAAUUUCUACUUUUUUGAUCCACAGAAAACAAUAAUAUCCCACGGGUUUGAGUUUUGGAUAUUUGGUUUUGGGUGAACUAUCGCUUUUGAGAGUGCAAGCAGAACAUGGUUUCUCUGCAGAUAUCAUCACCACUUCCAUCAGGAAAGGUGCCUUGUUUUUAAAAAGGAGUUUAUUGAGUUGAGUGAAAAAUAACCACUAAACCCUCUGCUGGAAGCUCCUCUCUGUCAACAGUCUAUCAGGAGCCACCAACUAAAAAUGGGAAUCUCUAGAACUGCUGUCACCUUCAGUCCCAGCUCUAGUCCAUAUGGUUGUCGACUCUUUCUCCAUGUUUGGAACGAUUGUCUUGAGGACGGCACACUGUGAAGCCUGGGCUACAGAACACCCACAGAACGGUGGGGUUCCAACUUCUAUUUUGCCUUGUCCAUGGUAGCGGAAGAUACAAGCAGAUUUGUAAAGAUUUUUUGGUAUUGUGCCGCAAUGUUAGGAAUGAGACAUCUUUUUAGUAUGUUCUUCUAAUGUAUAUAGUUAGAUUGAGAGGGCAUAGUACCAUGUCUUCAAGUUCACCCGAGAGACCAUUAUGUAGAAAAAUGCAGAUGAUGCAAUCAUUUUUGAGUUUUGUUUUGACAAAUGUAUUUAUUUAUCCGGAUUCGAAUGAUUACUUGAAAUUUCGGUUCGUUUUUUUUCUCAGCACUGUUCACUCCACUAUUGUUCUUUCACAUUUUCAUGAACUGUUUGGAUCUAAGUUAACUGGACAACUAGACCCCCUUUCUUGAACCAUCUAAUACACUGCAAAGAAUCAUUUUCUUAAUCAGUAGUCGUGUCUUGUGUUCCAGUAAAAAAAAUAUCUAAACAUCCUUAAAACAAGUUCAAUUUACUUAAUUGUAUUAUCUAACUAAAUUUAGUGAUAAUUAUUCAUACAGGACAACAGAUAAAUAAAUAAAUAAAUAAAUGUGACCAUCAGAGACCCAACAUAGCAGAAUUGCGAUGUUUGUAAACUGCAAUUAAACAACACCUAUUUUUUGUAUUACAAAUUGUAAAAAAAAAAAAAAAUUGUAAAAUACUAAUGAAAAAGCUCACACAAAACAAGUAUCACAACAACAGUUUUAGUGGGGAAAAAAUAAUAUUGAAUGUCACAGCUUGCAAAAGUAACACAAUAGUCACCUCAAACAGAGUUUUCCAUUGACUGCCAUUGUUUCCUGAAGCCCAAAUGCUUAAAAACAUGUUGUAUAAUCAGCAGCUUCUUAAAAACAUGUUCAAAGUGGACAAAGGAAAAUAAAUCAUCAAGGUGUAUUCUCAAAAAAAAACAAACAAAAAAAAAACAAUAGUUAUGUCAUCCUACACAAUUUUGCUUUGUGCCGAUAUGGGUGUAGUUUGCAUACUGUGUGUCAUUUCUUUGUGUUCAAAAGUGGGGUGCAGGGUAACAAGUUAAGAAAAUUCAUUUCUGUAAAAAAUCUUGUUUCAAUUUCUGGCAAGUUUCCAAACUAUGUUAAGCUUCUCUUAAAAGAGUAGUUUAGUUCAUGUCAGACAAGUUUAGUUGAGGAUAGGAUAGAUCAUUCUCUCUUCAUACUUCCCCAGUGAACGAUCAACCACAGAAAGAAACGGCAGGGCUAAAGUCAGCGCUAUUAAAUGUCUGAAUAUUGUGCUCAAUGCUAAGUGCUCAUUUAAUUCAAGCUUGUUUUGAGGGUGUGUGUGUGUGUGUGUGUGUGUGUGUGUGUGUGUGUGUGUGUGUGUGUGUGUGUGUGUGUGUGUGUGUGUGUGUGUGUGUUUAACGGCUGUGUACUCCGCUUCAGGUGGGUCUUGACUUCAGCAAAUGAACAGACAAACACAGGAAUUCUCAACUUGACAUUUUGUUAUCUUUAUAUUUCAGGGUUUGACAAGUGAAGCUAUACAUCAGCCAGCCAAGAUCUAAACAUUUCAGUUAUAUAUGCAGUUGCUUAGCAUUUUCUGUUUCAAUGCACUGUGAUUCUAGUGUAACAAUAUAUUUGAGAAAUUUGGAUGUAUUCAGUUUAGAGAUAUGUUUUUCUGAGACAUCAAUUAUCAAGUGAAAAGAUUAUGAUUAUGGAUUCUGCCAUAUGGAAGGUAAAUCUUUUAGUACAUUUAGAUCUUAAUUUGCCUGUUAAGUAGUCCGCUUUGUGACUGUUGUGUCUGAUGUCACAUUUCCAAACACUGUGGAUGUCAUUUCUGAGUUAACACAGUGAUACACUGCAAUCACAUUGUCCGUCGUUUUCUUUCAUCUUUUUCUCUUUUACUAGAACAUGUACGAUGCAGCUCAACUGGAAACACGUACAUUCCACUCAUACACAAGUUUCUAAGUCUGUAGAUAUCACACUGAAUUUUUGGAUGCAGAUUUACUUUCCACAGUGGCAUAUGAAAUGUAGAAACUUGCAUUUGUAUUGUUUGGUUACAUGUGUAAAUAUCGAAUCUGUUCUAUUUUAUGUUUUAUAUUUGUCAUGCUAAUGACCUUUAAGGAUAUGUUAUGUUUUGUUCGAGCAAAAAACUUGACUCUGAACUCAUUGAAGGUCAUCAUUAAGCUAAAUUGCUAUUUUGCAAAACUCACUUAUUCUAAUAAAUACACUUAUUAUGAAAAUGCUAACAAAUAUAUGCCUUGUAGAUACUGUAGAAUACGUUUCUUUGAUAUGAAUCAAAGAUGGAACAUUUGAGUAUUUCCCCCAUUGUUUUUGAAAGAAGCAGGUAGCAUCAUUUGUGACAUGUGAACUGAGAGUUGAUCGGUGAAAGAACUAAAUGUCAUUUUUAUAUUUAAAAGAAAUGAAUGUAACUGGGUUGCUCAGGGUUGAAGUGGAGGCUGUUUAAAACUGGUCCUGUGGACCAGCAAGACGACUUCUGUAUUUGUUCUUUUUAUUACACCGGUGUAAUUCAUUUUAUUGGGACAUUGAAUACACCAGACUGUUCGUUCGAUACUCUGUUCAUUUCUUUCCUCUCUUAGUGAGUCUCUGACCUUCAAAAUACUCAAGAUUCAUCUGGAAUGACUGUGUAGGAUGUGAUGUAUCGUAAUGCAUCCAUCAAGAUAUCGACCAAUUUAAUACCAAUUAUUUUGAUGGCAGAUAACUAACAUGCAAAUCCGAUAUUAAAUCAUCAGUAUCCACUAAAGAAAACAGUCUGUUUAAUGAAACUUAUACUGUGCAUAAUCGACAAAGAAUUAACUGAACCUGUUUAAUUGGCAAUAUACACUUGUCCAGGGCUCUUCACUUAAUUCAUAUUAAAAUGUAUGUAACUUUUGGAAUCUUAAACUUUGCACAAUGUGUCUUCAACUAUGUGAGUCCAUCUCUGUUUUGGGCUAUAUCUAACUUUUAUUGGUAAACCUGAUAUUAAAAAAACAAUAACUGAUGAAGUGUCCGUUAAAAACAUCAGCCAAACAGAUGAUCUCUACUUCAUCUGCAAUGUUGUCUCUGGUUCUGUAAGCUUCUGUAUAUCAGGUGCCUCAAAACCACCCCGGCUAUUCUCUGUCACUCUCUUUACUAAUGUAGACAUAAAAGGAUGUUGAUCAAGGUUGUGUGUUCAUUUAGUAGUUUUGAUGGAGGAGGUCAUGCUUUACAUUAGUGUCCAUGUUACAAUGUAAUUACAUUAUUCAAUCGUAGGUACAGAGUAAUUUGAAUGAACAACUUAAUUAUAAUUGUAUUUUUAUUAUUUUGUUGAUCUACUUGUAAUUAUUGCUGUUGCCAUUAAUCCUAAUAAUGAAUAUUGUGAAACAUGGGUACUGAAAUAAAGCAGACCUUCUGCUCCGUAAACGGUACUACACGUCACAGUAUAUCAGAAACUUUUCUCAUCUUUCAGUAAUAUUUCCUGAGCUUUGUAUAUGUUAAAUAAUUGCAACAAAUAAAAAAAGAUCAUGACCAUAAGUGUAAGUUAAUAUAAAUAUAUACAAUUUCAGGGAAUGUCAAACACACACACACACACACACACAAAGGGAAAAAAGGUUUCUCCUUCCUCAGAUUCUGUAUUGAUAAUGUGUUUUGCUUGCUUGUGUAAAUAGUUGAAUGGCUUACAAAUCCUAAUUGUAACCUUUUCAGGUAUUUUUGUACAAGUGAUGACUGAUAUAUUCUGUGUAGAAUAAAACAUUAAUU